AUGAGGCUAUUCCUGUCGGCAAAUCUUUUCCUACUUCAAACAUGGGCGACAGCAUUGGAACCGGCACCCGCUUCUCCGGCUCCAUGUCAAAGGGAAAAAUUUCUUGGGGAUUGUGUUAGUCAUGACACUCCGCCCAUUCUUGAGCGAAGGCAAUCCUGGAGCACUGAUGAAUUACGCCAUAAGAUCCCAACGAUUACUGCUGCACCUAUAUCCGCGUUGCCCCAUAAUCUUGAGCGAGACGAGCAUGAGAACAUCGACGUUAGGCAACUAGGUCGACCGCGGAAAGGCCCUCGGCCACCCGUGCGAGGAGGGGGCAAAGGAUGGGCAAAUGGGAAAGGGCAAAGGACCAGGCAAAAAGAAUUGAAAAAACCCUCCGACGAUGACCCUGACGAGGAUCCGCCCGACGAGGACCCCCCAGACGACGACCCCGACGAUGACGGGGACGACGAAGAUGAUAUAAAGCCGCCAGCGGUCCCCAACCAACACCUACGAUUCAACUUCGGAAACCGAGCCUACCACGACGCCGAAAGAGUCAUCAGUUUCAGACUCCUCGACUGUUUCGGUGACAUCAACAUCACCAACCUCUCUUUCGACAGCAACGCGCACCACGGCUUCGUCGAGCCGUCGACAAUAAAGCCCACAGUCGUCUCGCAGCCCGGGUCCACCAUUUCAAUGGCAACGACCACAACCCCAACCCCAACGCCUUCUCCGUCCGGCUCUGCCGUGCCAGCUCCCAAAGGUGACGGUAUGAACAAGGCAGGAAUCGCCGCCGGGUCGGUCUUUGGAGGUUUUGUGGUGAUUGCUGUCGCUUUUCUCGCUUUGCUGUACCACAAGCGUUGGCGAAAUCAUAAACAACAGAAGGAGGACGAGCGAGCAAACCGAAAGUCGCAAUAUUUAGCAAUAUCAGUGUCUGAUAAUGGGGAUUCGCAGUCAGAAACUCCAGAGAUUGAACCUGACUAUCAAGGCGCUGCACAACAUUCUCGCGGGUUCGCCUGGGAUCCUGAUAUGUCGUAUACUCCAGUUCCGCCAUAUUCGUCCCCUGAAAUCCAGGGCAAUUUCCAACCUCAUACGCCGGUUAUGGCGCAUACUACAAAUACUCGUUUUUAUCCUUCGAUGGCCACAAAUGACGACGCGAAUUUACCAUUUAACGCUUCGGCGACUACUAGAAACAACGCCCUCCCGGAGAGUUUGCGAACCCAACAACCAGUAUCUAUGACCCAGCCAACUACCUCCGACAUUUAUAGUGCAAGUCGCAGUCACUCCAUUGGGCGCAAACCACUGCCUUCAACUGGAAUUUUGCCUGCAGCGUUACCCCCUGUCAGCGAAUUCUCUUCCAACAAUCCGCCAACGCCACCAUCUACCGAAACACCGCCAAGCGGGCCCUCUUCGGCAACUCGCAGCACUUAUGGUGCCCGUCGAGUCUCACGCAGCAGUGUUUCGUCUCUUAAUCAAUAUUCAAAUCACCGCGCUUCUCAAUAUUCUCCAGUCAGCAGUUUAUCACCUGUCGACUCUACUUUGGCAGGUCAAUCCUAUGACAUCAUGCAAACUGAUUAUCGCCUUCCUUCGCAAUACAGUUCAUCGCAACCACAGCAAGUACCACGGCCUGAGGCUCAUGGAGUUCAUUUAUAUCCAGGCACAUGA